CAAUGGCUGGAGGCAAAGCUGGAAAAGACAGUGGAAAGGCCAAGGCUAAGGCAGUAUCUCGCUCACAAAGAGCUGGACUCCAGUUUCCAGUGGGCCGUAUCCACAGACACUUGAAGACUCGUACUACAAGCCAUGGGAGGGUUGGUGCCACUGCUGCAGUGCAUAGUGCUGCAAUUCUGGAGUAUCUCACUGCUGAGGUGCUGGAGCUGGCAGGUAAUGCUUCUAAGGAUCUCAAAGUAAAGCGUAUCACUCCACGUCACUUGCAGCUUGCAAUCCGUGGUGAUGAAGAGUUGGAUUCUCUUAUCAAGGCUACCAUAGCUGGAGGUGGUGUGAUCCCUCACAUCCACAAAUCUCUGAUUGGAAAGAAGGGACAGCAGAAAACUGCUUAGAGAGUUGUUUUAACCAACCCUCUUCCUCCCUGUCAUUGUACUGUAACUGGGACAGAAGAAAUAAUGGGGAUAUGUGGAAUUUUUAAACCAGUUAAAUGGAAGAGCAUAGACAAUUACUGUAGAAAUGCUAAAGAAACAUUUUAUGUUCUUAGAUUCAAAGUUUGAUAAAAGUACCUUUUCACGUG